UCCGAGAAUGCGAAGUUCGAACUGGAAGGAAACCUUUUACUAUUAGAUAUAGGUCUGUGAGCUCGUACAGUUCAGUGUGAAAAACUGUCAUUCAAAAAGUGAAACCAAAUCCUUUAACAAGAAACGAAAACUGAAGAUAAAUAAGGCUACAAUUGAAAAAUUGUAUGUGAAAAGAUCUACUAAACAAUUAGAACUCUGCACUUUUUAUCAACCAUUCAAAAAUGAUGAAUAUCUACAGUAAAUUUUCAUGUUAAAAAGGCACGUUUUCUAAGUUUUAUAACUCAUAUAAGAAAUGUCUGCAAGGAAACAUAAUAAACCAGCAGGAGCUGUCAGAUCACCUGCUAACAAUUCACAUCACAAAAAGCCUCAGAGUCCAUCAGUGAAGCAGAAAAUAUAUGAACCCUACUGGCCUCUUGAGUCUGUCAAUGAAGGGAUUAAAAAGGGGCAACUUAUUGUGGGUCCUUUAAGAAUCAACCCCAAAAACUAUGAAGAUGCAUAUGUACCUUUGCCAGAUGGCUCAGCAGAUAUUUUCAUUUCUGGAAUGAAAGACAGGAACAGAUCUUUAAACACAGAUGUUGUUGUUGUGUUGGUCAAUCCUUAUGAACAAUGGAGGGUUUUUGUGGAUGUGUUUGAUGAGUUUGAGAAGUCAUCUGUCAAGUCUAGCAAAUCUUUAGAAGAGGUCAGUGAUGAUGACUCUGGUCCAGAUAUAGUCUAUGAUGACAGUGAUAAUGAAGCCAGCUGUGAUAUUGAUAUCGUAACAGAUUUAAAAGAAAUGAGUUUUACAGAUGAUGCCACCAAUGAUACACGUCUCCAGAAGACACCAAACUCUCAAGAAAGCAAAGAUAAAAGUCUCAAGAAAACACCUAACAGCCCUUCUCAAGUUAACAAGGAUAAAAAUCUCCAGAAGACUCCAAACAGCUCACCUCAAGGCAGCAACAUGAAAACUCCUGUAAAGAAAUUUGUUUCAAUAUUAGAUAUGAGGACCAAUGGAAGCUCUCUAGCUAAAGAUUUAUUUGGUGUAGGGAAGUCCAGUAACAUGUCAGAAGAAGAUGCCAGGCGUUUUGUUCAACGGACUGGCAGAGUUGUGUAUAUAUAUGAAAAAAAAAAUUCCAGAGCAGCUAGUGGGCGCCUUAAAUUGAUGCAAGACAAAAAUAAACGUUUUGCGCUGUUUUCUCCAUCAGACAGCAGAAUUCCACGUAUUAUCAUCCCCAUGUCUGAGUGUCCAAAAGAUUUCUAUGACAGGCCAGACAUUUACGCACAAAUAUUGUACAUAGCCAGAAUACAACAGUGGGAUGAAACAUCCAAUAUGCCUUUGGGAUGUCUGGCAAAAAGUUUAGGUGAGGCAGGUCAGAUAGAGCCAGAAACAGAAGCCAUGUUGAUAGAGUUAGAUGUGGAUGAUACACCAUUCUCAGAUAAGGUAAUUGAGUGCUUGCCUCAGAAUUUGCCUUGGACCAUACCAGCUUCUGAAUACACAUACCGUAAAGACCUUAGACAGUCAUGUAUAUUUACAAUAGAUCCAGCCACAGCAAGGGACUUAGAUGACGCAGUAUCUAUUGAAGAGUUAGGAAAUGGUAAUUAUCAAGUGGGAGUUCAUAUUGCGGAUGUCAGUUUCUUUGUUCAAGAAAGUACAGAGCUGGAUACAGCAGCUGCCAGUAGGGCCACCAGCGUUUACUUGGUUCAGAAGGUGGUACCCAUGUUGCCUAGACUGUUAUGUGAGGAGUUGUGCAGCUUAAAUCCUGACCAAGACAGACUUGCAUUCUCUGUCAUAUGGACAAUUAAUGAAGAAGGGGAGAUCUUUGAUGAGUGGUAUGGCAGAACAGUGAUAAGGUCUUGUGUGAAAUUGAGUUAUGAACAUGCUCAGGGUUUCAUAGAUCACCCAAACAAAGUAUGGACACAGGAUGAGCUGCCUCCCAUCACUAAUGGUUUCUCCGUUCAAGAUGUGUGUAAGAGAGUUUUACAGCUGAAUAAGAUAGCACUCAGUUUGAGGAAACAAAGAUUUGACAAUGGAGCCUUGAGGUUAGACCAAGUGAAGAUACAGUUUUCACUCAAUAAAGAAACUGCACUACCCAAUGGUUACUCUGUCUACAAACAAAAAGAUAGCAAUAGAUUGAUAGAAGAAUUCAUGUUACUUGCCAAUAUGGCUGUAGCCCACAAAAUCAAGCAAAGUUUCCCACAGAAAGCCAUCUUGAGACGUCACCCUCCCCCUCAGAUAAAACCACUUGAAGUUAUGGAAGAGCUCUGUGAUAGCCUUAGUUUAGAAAUAGAUGCUUCCAACUCCAGCACUUUACAUAAAAGUUUAUUAAAAUAUUAUGGAGAAGAUGAAUUCUCUCAGUCCAGAUUUCAAGUUUUAGUUGUAUUGAUCUCCAAACCCAUGCAGUUGGCCAAGUAUUUUUGUGCAGGAACAUUUCAGGAUGAAAGUUUGUUCCACCAUUAUGCCCUGAAUGUUCCCCUGUAUACACAUUUCACAUCCCCAAUCAGACGUUACCCUGACAUUCUAGUUCACAGAUUGUUGGCUGCUGCUCUAGGUUAUUCUGAAGUCACUGAGAUGUCCACCCAGCUUCUACAAAAACAAGCUGACUACUGCAAUGAUAAGAAGCUGAAUGCCAAGAUGGCUUCAGACAGGAGCAAUGAGAUGUACUUCUCUAUUUUUGUCAAGGAAGUGGGCCCACUAGAGGAAACUGGGAUGGUGAUGGCGGUGUUGGACAAGUCAUUUGAUGUUCUCAUUCUCAAACUGGGCAUUGUGAAACGAGUUUAUCUUGAGAAACUACCAUUGGUGUCUAGUGAAUUUCGCAAGAAUAUGAAAAGUCCAGAACUGGUCAUUGAGUGGUCAGCUGAUGAAGUCUGUACUCGUGCCACACGCCAUUUAAUCACAUUGUUCACAUUGGUGGAAUGUUCAGUAUUUGCUGAUAAGGAACCUCUGAAGUGUUCAUGUGUCAUCAAACGACCAAAGGAGGAGAUCACAUUAGCUGCAGCAUAACAUUGCAAGUGUGACCUACAUUUCAAGCCUGACCAGAAGAAUGAUAGCUGCUCCUUUUAACAGUAUUUACUUUUUACCAUUUUAAAUGCCUGUUGAUUCUUUUAUCUCCAGUUUUUUAUGUUUAAACAAUCUUUCUCUUUGGGAUGUCUUUGUACAUUUUCAUCAUCAAAUAUAUGUUUGUUUCAGUUUUGAAUUUAAAAGAUCACACUCUCUGUUUUGUAAAAAAAAAAUAUGUUACUUUUAUUGUGUACUUAUUAUUAUUAUGUAGAUAUACUAAUUGUACAUAGGGUAACAGAUAGAUGACAUUAUUUAUAUUUAUACAUGAAUUGGUUGAAAUGCUGUCAUUGUAUAGGUUAGAGUCUAAACAAAAAAAAUCAUAUCUGUUCUCAUGUCUUACAUUAUUUUAUUUCUGACAGCAUACAAUUCCUGAGUUUAUUAUGUACCAGUAUCUAAUGCAGUGGCCAUGUUUCUCAUUUAGUCAAGUGUAAAAAAAAAAUUCAAGAAAAAAAAUACUAAGCAUCAA